CGCGGGCUGACAGGCGCAGGCAGGCAACACGGAGCGGCGCCAUCGGGGGGAAUCACGUGGAGACCCCGAUUUCUUCGCUUUUUCCGCCCUGACGCUGGAUAACACGUAGGAAAUGGACUCGAGGAAGAUAAUAGAGAUACUGAGGGGCACUAUAGACCCGAAUUUACGCCAGCAGGCCGAGGAUGAGCUGACGCAGAUGAAAAAAAUUAUUGGGUUUACCCCAGCACUCCUCCAAGUCGUCAUGAUGGGGGAACUUGACAUGCCAGUAAGACAGGCAGGCGUUAUAUACCUUAAGAACAUGGUAGCACAGUACUGGAAAGAUGCAGAGUAUGAAGCUGGUGAGCCUAUUCCAUUCCACAUUCACGAGCAGGAUCGGGCCAUGAUCCGUGAUGCCAUUGUCGAUGCAGUUGUUCAUGCACCAGAUCUUGUAAGAGUACAGCUUGCUGUCUGCACAUAUCAGAUGGUCAAACAUGACUUCCCAGGUCGCUGGACGACCAUUGUCGACAAGAUUAGUAUUUAUCUUCAAAAUCCCGACACAAACCUCUGGAAUGGCAGUCUCCUCUGCUUAUAUCAGCUCGUCAAGAAUUUUGAAUAUAAAAAGAAGGAAGAUCGGGGUCCACUUCAUGAGGCAAUGAGGAUGCUUCUGCCAAUGUGUUAUGAGCGUAUAGUUCACCUUCUGCCAGAUCCCUCUGAGCAUUCAACGUUACUACAAAAACUGAUCCUUAAGAUCUUCUAUGCUCUUACACAGUACCACUUACCUUUAGAGCUGUUGAGUCGGGACACCUUUACACAGUGGAUGGAGGUCACGCGACAAGUAGCCGACAGACCUGUGCCAGACCAGACGUUACAGGUAGAUGAGGAGGAGAGACCAGACUUGCCGUGGUGGAAGAUCAAGAAAUGGGCGUUACACAUCUUGGCCAGAAUAUUUGAAAGAUAUGGUUGUCCUAGCACAGUGGGAAAGGAAUACAAGCAGUUUGCAGAAUGGUUCAUCAAGACCUUCUCUCAGGGUAUCCUUCAGGUACUGCUCAAGAUCCUAGACCAGUACCGCAACAAAGUAUACAUCUCGCCACGUGUCCUACAGCAGACUCUCAAUUAUUUGGAGCAGGGAGUGGGACAGUCAGUUGCUUGGAAGCUUCUGAAGCCCCACAUGCUCUCAGUGAUUCAGCAUGUUCUCUUCCCUCUUAUGUGUUACUCAGACUCUGAUCAGGAACUGUGGAAUUCUGACCCCUAUGAAUAUGUUCGGGUUAAAUUUGAUAUCUAUGAAGAUCUGGUAUCUCCUGUGACUGCUGCUCAGGCACUGCUCCUUUCCACCAUCCGCAAGAGGAAGGAAAUGUUAGAGAAGACAAUGGUGUUCCUCAUGCAGGUACUCACCACACCCAAUGUUGACCCAAGGCACAAGGAUGGUGUCAUGCAUAUGAUUGGUACUAUGGGUGGUGUUUUGUUAAAGAAGAGAGUAUACAAAGAUCAAAUGGAAACUAUGAUUGCGCAGUAUGUCUUCCCAGAGUUCCAGAGUCCAUUUGGCUUCAUGAGAGCUAGAGCAUGUUGGAUCCUUCAGAACUUUGAUGAAAUUAGGUUCAAGUCGGAACAGAACAUUGUAGCAGCAAUGAACUGUAUCCAAAAUGCUCUCUUGAAUGAUCAUGAUCUGCCUGUCAAGGUGGAGGCUGCCAUGGCGCUGUCUGCCUUCCUGGCAUCACAGAACAAGGCAGAAAAGAUUGUAGAGCCAAAUAUCCGACCCAUUGUACAAGAAUUACUCAAGGUCAUAAAGGAGACAGAAAACGAUGAUCUCACAAAUGUUAUGUGCAAGAUUGUGACCACUUACACAGAACAAUUGACACCCAUUGCAGUAGAGAUGUGCACACAGCUUGCUGCUACCUUCCAACAGGUGGUGGACUCGGAGGACGGAGCGGACGAGAAGGCCAUCACAGCCAUGGGAUUGCUCAGCACGAUAGAGACCCUCAUCAACUGCAUGGAGGAGAACCCGGAGAUCAUGGCCCAGAUCGAGCCCAUCACCCUCCAGGUGGUUGGCCUCAUCCUCAGCAAAAGUGUCAUGGAGUUUUACGAGGAGGCCCUUGCGCUAAUCUACAGUCUCACCAGCACGAGGAUAUCCCCAGACCUCUGGAAAUGCUUUGAAAUGAUGUAUCAGAUGUUCAAGGUAGAUGGCUUUGACUACUUCACGGAGAUGAUGCCAGCACUCCAUAACUACAUCACCGUUGAUACUGAAGGCUUCCUAAGCAGUGAGGCUCGUGUUGCUGCAGUGUUCGAAAUGUCCAAGAGUAUUCUGACACAGGAUUGUGCGGAAGACGAGGAGUGUCAUGCAGCCAAACUACUAGAGGUGGUUGUGCUGCAGUGCCAGGGCCGCAUUAACCAGUGCCUCCCAUCCAUUAUCCAGCUCGUGGUAGAGAGACUACUCAGGCAGGUCAAGACAACUGAGUUACGAACGAUGCUGUUACAGGUUGUGAUAGCCACACUUUACACGGCGCCAGACCCCCUACUUCAGGUGCUUGAGUCAACCACUUUGCCCAACACAACCACCACGCUCACAUCUCACUUCAUAAAGCAGUGGAUCCAUGACACUGACUGCUUCCUCGGUCUCCACGAUCGGAAAGUGUGUGUGCUGGGUAUGUGCACGCUCCUCCAGUUGGGGCCUGAACGCUUGGGAGUCCUCCAGGAAUGCCACAAAGAGAUUCUGCCAGCCAUGAUUCUCUUAUUCCAAGGCUUGAAAAGAGCAUAUGCAGCAAAAGCUGCUGAGGAGGACGAUGACGACGAUGAUGAUGAAGACGAUGACGACGACAUCGAGCAUGAGGUGCUGGAGAGUGAUGAAGACGAACUUGAUGAUGCUGGCGAAGAUUACUUAGAAAAGCUUGAGGAGAAGGUAAACAAGGCCACAGCCAGUGCCCCGUUUGCCAUAAGUGCCUCCCUGCAGGAUGAUGACGACGAUGACGACGAUGAUGGUCUAGAGGAAGAACGGGACGAGACUGCAUUGGAGUCCUUCACUACACCAUUAGAUAAAGAUGACUGUGAAGUUGAUGAAUAUCUUGUCUUCAAGGAGGUUAUGCAUGCCCUGGAAGCUAAUGCCCCAGCCUGGUACCAGGCCCUCACGGGAGGUCUGAAUUCAGAUCAACAGAAGGCAAUGCAGGAGAUCAGCACACUGGCUGAUCAGAGGAGAGCUGCAGCCCAAAGCAAGAAAAUCCAACAGAGUGGAGGUUACAACUUCCAGCAAGUGUCAGUUCCCACCAGUUUUAAUUUUGGAGGGUCAUUUGGCUCUUAAUCCUGGCGUUGAGGGUUGUAAUAUUCCUUCAAGUUUUCAUCAUGCAGUGUGCAGUUAUUUUUUUAUAAUUGUUUUUUGUAUCUUUCACCUCAUCUUGCUCUCUUUCUCUUGCUCUCUCUCACUACUCCUCUCUCCCUCUCGUCUUCUUUGUCCAUCAAAUUUCUGAUCUUUCUUUAGUGCCUUAAACAUUCAUUUAUAGGCAUCAAAAAGUGCACUAAAGUUUUCACCUCCUGUAUGUGGUUUAAGAAUGUAAAUGUUGACUGUGUACAAAAAAAAAAAGAUUUAAAAAAGUAAAAAAAAAAAAAAAAAAAAAAUAGAAAAAAAAGGUAAAAGAAAAAAAAUUGAUUGAAAUCUCGGGAUGUCUGGAUUUGGCUGCAAAGGCUUGCUCUGUGUCAGCCAGCCAGCCUCUGUUGUUCCAUUCAAGGAGCCCUUCUGCUGCCAGGGAGAAAGGCCAGGCUGGACUAGGCUUAGAAGACAGCAGGUCUCGUGUGUGUAUGUGAUAGGUAGCUACAGUAGCAUAUCCCCAAGUGAACCAGGCUGAGUGUUUUCAUUUGAUUACAGUAGACUGUUACCCUGCAGUAAUUGAUGCCUUCUGUUACUCUUCUGUAUAAUUAUAGAUGAUUAGGAUUAACUGUUGGAGUAGGUCAUCAUCAUAAUCAUCAUCAUCCUAAUAAUAGUCGCCACCACCACUGUCUUUACAUUAUUGCUCAUAUUUGGCCAAGGGUGACAUAUAUAUAAUGUAUUCAUUUUUUGUGUAUUUUGUUGAACAGGAAUGUAUAUUACUAUGUGGAGUUACACCUCCGGUGAUCCCUUUUUAUUAUAGUAAUUUCUUUUA